AAGAAUAACAAGAAUUUUGUUUUGUCAACAUGAAGUGAUCGAAGUGGAAUAUUUCUCAAAUAGAUAAAUCAGAUAGGAGAUAAUUUUCAUUAGAAGGACGUGCCAAAAGCAGAUAUGACGAUUUGGAAAAUCGGAAUAUCAAAUUCUCUCACUGGAAUCCAACUAUGAAUUCUAAACAAGCAAAAAUCCUCCUAUUGGUCAUUGUCAUAGUAUUUUUGUACAAGAUAUUUCGUUAUUAUCAAUUGAGCAAUGACGAAAUGUUCAUUGAAGAUGUAAAAAUUAUUCAUAAAGUGAAAGUAUCUGUCCAUUAUGAAGCCCUAUGUCCAGACUCAAAAUUCUUCAUCACAUAUCACUUGCUUCCUACAUUUGAAGAUUUAGAAGAUUUCUUGAUCUUGGACUUGGUACCAUAUGGAAAAGCACAGACCAUGGAAUCAAAUGGGAAGAUCACAUUUCUGUGUCAACAUGAUGCUUUAGAAUGCUUUGCCAACAAAAUACAUGCAUGUGUUAUUGAUGCUGUAAAAAACCCUCUUAUCCAACUUAAAUAUAUUGCCUGUAUGAUAUCAGAUAAUAUGGUACCUGAAGAAGUGGGAGAAAGGUGUGGCAAGGAACUGAAUAUUGACUUCCUUCCAAUAGCAGAAUGUGCCAAAGACAUAAAGGGUUCACAAUUAUUGAAACAGCAUGGGGAGAGAACAAAUUCACUCAGUCCUUCUAAAUUGGGUAGCAGGAAGUGCGUAUUUGGGGCGAAUGCAAAGGCUGCAAAAGGGGCCACAUUUCCUGGGCUGGAAACGGAAGAGAAAAUUAGUUAUGCGGCGCAAACUCAGCCGAUGCAAUCUUUGGCAGGUUCGAACGUUCGUGGGCAGUCGCUGCAAGUCGUGUGUACUCGCAAAUCGUGCUGCUCGGUGCAAACCAAUGACACUAACAUGAAUGUAGGCUGGUGGUUCACUGGUUGUGUAUUCAGACGGGUAUAUGUGUAUGACAUAACGAAGAUACGGGACACCGUGCUCGGUCUUUAUGUUGUGGAGAUAUCCGUGAAUUCGGCGGCGAAGGGCAAUCAGAACACAUUAUUCUACACCACACCUACAUCGAGUGGAAACGGAACCGAGAGUAUCCUCAAAGGCAAGAACUACAUUUCGAAGAUGCAAGAUGAUCUCUCCGAGAAAGCCAUUGCCGCUGUCAGUGUUAGUGGUGCAAAUAACGGAGACGAUCUCUCGGCGACUGUCGGAGUCGGAGCCAACUCCGUCGGCAGCCCUUUGGACAAGAACGCCGUGGCCGUGAAAGACUGCGACUCCGCGGCGAACGAUCUCGCCGACAAACUCAACGAAGUCGCAAGGAACAGCAAGUCGGCUCCGUGUCUUCCUCCGCUGUUCCACCCUUCCGAGCCCAGCACCCCAGCUGGAGCCCUGUGGUCGACCGCUAUCGAGGAUGGCUACGUCCCGAGCUUCGCCAACGUGAACGGGGGAGCCUCGGCCGCUGGCAUGGGCUUUCAGAACUUCCCUUCGCCCACGCAGCAGCAGCUUUUUGGCAACAACCCGAACCAGAACCACGUGAACCAGAAUCGGAGGGCCAUCACGGCCAGCCACAACUUCCCACACAACAUGGCCAGGCAGCAGUCGCUGUCCAACCACCUCUACAAGGGCUACGGCUCGUGGGCCAACCCGCCGGGCCAGAACUGGUCUCCGGGGAAUUCCUCCGGAUGGAACCGCGGUCGCAGCGUGCCGAAUUUGACCCCCUUGCAGCAGAUGGGAGUGGGCUUGUCCAGCGGGGUAGGUCGGAAGCCGAGUCCCACUUUCAACCAGCAGCAGGUGAUAUCGCCUGUCAAGUUCCGGAGGAGCACUUCGUACCCCGGGAAGGGGCCGUUUCCGCAGCCGCCUACCUUCGAGAUCACCAACAUGGAUGAGGCUCGAGAACUCAUGUCCUAUCAGGACCGCUGUGGUGUAGUUAAUGCAAAUGGUAGUAGCCCCUUAGAAAAUAUGAGAGGACUGGAACAUUAUUUGAAUGAUAUUAUGAGCCCCCAAAGUAACACGACUGAUAUGAAAGGAUUUAUUAACACAAAUGUUUUUCCAUCAUUACAAUUACAUGGCAAAUCCCCGUACUUCCCCGGACUGGACGAGCAGCCGGGCGGGCCGGUCCUGCUCGAGGAGCCCGCCCAUCUCUCCGACUCUGCCCUCGGUGCGCAGCCGCUCGGAUCUCCGUCGCGCUCCUCGCCCCACUCGCAGGGCAGCGAGGGCGGCGAGCGCUUCUCGCGAAAGGUGUUCGUGGGCGGCCUGCCGCCCGACAUCGACGAGGACGAGAUCACGGUCAGCUUCAGGCGGUUCGGGCCGCUGGUUGUCGAUUGGCCGCACAAGGCCGAGAGCAAGUCGUACUUUCCGCCCAAGGGCAUAUUGCAUUUUUUCCAGGAUGAAAACUCUGUACAAAGUUUGAUAGAUGCUUGUAUAACGGAUGAAGAUAAAUUGUAUUUAUGUGUGUCGUCGCCAACAAUCAAAGAUAAACCUGUACAAAUCCGGCCGUGGAGAUUAUCAGAUGCAGACUUCGUGCUGGACGCAUCGAUGCCUCUGGAUCCAAGGAAAACUGUAUUCGUUGGAGGAGUGCCACGACCUCUCAAAGCUGUCGAACUGGCCAUGAUAAUGGACCGGCUGUACGGUGGCGUGUGCUACGCCGGCAUCGACACCGACCCGGAGUUGAAGUACCCGAAGGGCGCCGGCCGCGUGGCGUUCAGCAACCAGCAGAGCUACAUAGCUGCGAUCAGCGCCAGGUUCGUGCAGCUGCAGCACGGCGACAUCGACAAGCGCGUCGAGGUGAAGCCGUACGUGCUGGACGACCAGAUGUGCGACGAGUGCCAGGGCCAGAGGUGCGGCGGCAAGUUCGCGCCGUUCUUCUGCGCCAACGUCACUUGUUUACAGUACUACUGCGAGCACUGCUGGGCCACCAUCCACUCGCGGCCGGGCCGGGAGUUCCACAAGCCGCUGGUGAAGGAGGGCGCAGACAGGCCUAGGGCCGUGCCGUUUCGCUGGUGUUAACGCAGGCGCGCUCAGCGGGGGCCCGCUCCACCGAUUAGCUCAUUACCAUUCAACCGCCGGUGGGGGGGCGGCACGAUCGGGUCUCGUUGACGACGCUGGAUAGGGUGAUUAGGGAUGAGGAGUUGGCCGCGUGAUGUAGGGAUGGGUCGUGUCAUUCGUACGUCGAAUGUCAAAUGUCAUUCAUUCAGUUGCAUUGGUGCUGCUGUUUAAUUAGCUCUUUUCUACCUUGUACGAGAGAGAGAAAAGUUCUCUCCUCUUCUAUCUUUCUCUUCAAUAUGCUACCAACUUGGCCGCAUUGAAAUAUAGAGAUGUCCGAUAAAUCUUUCCUUGUCUAACCUCUAGUGUGCGCCGCUGAACUAUUUUCAAUGUUAUAAUAGGCCUGUUCCUUUGUGCUUGCUCUACCUGCUGAAAUUGAUUUUUUCUGACUUUCUCUGUUUACAUCAUGCCAUGAACAGAGACAACUAUAGAAAAAAAAUCAACUUUAGAAAGUUCAGAAACACAAACGAACAGGCCUUAUGAUAUCCUUUCCUUCUGAAUAACUAACUGACAUAUUUCACUUGGACUGCAUUCUAACUAAUCAAAUUCUUUGGAAAGAACACAAUAAAUUCAGGUUCAGUUCUAGUGAGAUAUUUCAGUUAGUUCAGAUAAUAAUGAUGUGAUAAAUUGUUCGAACAUAAAAUAAUGAAAAUUUUAUAUUAGCAACACUGGAAAUGAAAAGAAAUAGAGAAGAAGACCAUUCUAAUAACCUUUUUUAAAUUGGGGUUAAUAUGAUCUCCUUCUCCAUUUUUUGCGAUUUCCAAUGUUACCAAUAUAAAAUUUCCAUUAUUUUAUGUUGGAACAUCGAAGACAAGGACAGAUGGGGAAGACUUUUCUCUUUCUCAGCGCUAGCUGAACUGCUCCAUUAAAUCGGCGCCACUGUCAAAAAUAUUGUAUUUUUAUAAGUACAAAAAAAUGUGUUGUCAAUCAGUGAACCUUUGUUCAAGAACAUCUUAUUGGACUCCUUCCUUUCUAACUAUUUCCAGGUGAAAUUUGGUCAAUUGAGGUAGGAGUUGUUUUUUAAUCACAGUUCUACCAUCCCUGGAUCAUAUCUUGGUUCUUUCAAGGUUGGCAGGUCUGUUUCUCCACAUAUCAACACUGUUUUGGUAAGACUGUCUUGUAAAUCCCCGAAUUUGCACUUCAUGUUUUCUUUUAGGGAAGUGGAUGCAGCUGGGUGAAUGAUAUUUUUACAAUAGUGUAGAAGCGCCAUAUGAUUUUUUUAUAAUUGACAGAUCCUUGCUUAUUUACACUAAAAAGAAGAUCCACCUUCAUCUUGAAUGUUGAAGCCCAAUUUUCCUUAGUUCUUGGCUGGUUCGUAGGCGGCGCUAGCUCACUCAGCAAAAUAUGGCCGAAUUUUCUAUACUCUCGGGAUCUGCUCCAGUCUUUCAAUAUUUCUGAAGCCAGGAAGAUCACUCACUUCGAUAUUAUUCUGACUUUUAAAUAACAAUAUUUCAAUCCGGCCCUGAUGCGACAUUGGUUCUUGCAUAAAAACAUCUAAAAAUAAACUUCGAAUAUAUUCUGCAUUACCGAUCUCUACCCUUUGCUACUCAACAAAAAGUAGUUCACCUUGUCGCUCAUGGAUACCGCCACCCACUGGAUAGAAUUUCAGGCUUCAUUGCUCUCAUAAGGAUAGUUCAUCUUGUUAGUGUUGAUAACCAAGACAGAUAGUAAGUGGGGACUUACAAGAUAGUCCAACCAAAACAGUGUUGAUUAUAUGGGGUGAAUUAAAACUACCGUAGAGCAAAACUCUAAUUACAAGAGAAAAAGUAUGAUAAAAUGACAGUGGAAGAAGCGAUUUAAACAUGUGUUAUCAUUGAGUCAUCUAAGUUAAGAAGUGACGAAGUGAGUCCAGUUGGAUGAAUGACAUUUGAUAUAUGAAUGACAUGAUAUAUUUCUAUCUAUGGUGCCAACUUCUUAUGACUAAUUACACUACCUAACAAACGCUUAGGCUGACAUUUUAUAGUAGCAAUUAUUCAAAUUUUGGAAAAGCAUGUUCGAGAUGAUGAAUCUGGUACAGGCUUCAUCGACGGCUUUGGUGUCUGUGUAAGUUUCAGGGGGCUAAUCGACACAAAAAAAUGGAUAUUGUCGGGAAAUCUCUAUACAGGGUGUUGCGAAAUUCGACAGACAACGCUUGUAAUUUUAUAAUAAUUACUAAGUAGGGACAUUCGCUCUUCAGGUGUUCAGUUCCUGAGAUACAGUGUUGAAGUUGAGAAAUAAAAAUUGCUUUUUCGCAAUAAGUGAGAACGGUUGAAUAUUUUGCAUUCAAAUUCGGUAUAUGAUGGUUUCAUCUUCAAAUAGUUAAAUUAUUGAUCAGAAAGACAUUUCGGACAUUCUAUCCAGUUCUGCUCUAUAGGAAGUUGUGGUAAGUAAGUUGUCUUCUCACAUUUUCUACGCUGCUGAUGAAAUUUAGAUUAUUUUCAAUUUCUCGAAUUCAUUUUUCAAUUUUGUUGAAAAUAUACAUCAUAUGUUUAACUGAGCUAACAGUUUUCGAUAUAUACGACCCAAAAUAUAUAAAAUUCAACAUUUUCAGAUAUCUCGAAAUGAAUUCAUUUUAGCUCAGUAGGUCAUGAGUUUUUCUAAUAAAAUUGAACAAGGAAUUCGAAGAUUUUGAAAUAAACAGAAUUUCAUCAUUGACGUAGAAAAUAUCAGUGAAAAAGUUACAAUAACCCCCAGUGGCGCGUCACUGGAUGGAAUGACCGAAGUUACUGUAUCGUCAGAAAUGAAGGAAUUUAAAAAGAAAAUCAUAUACUAAAAUUGUCUGAGAAAAAUUCAGCCAUUAUAUGAGCUAAUUCUAAAAAAACAUUCAAUUUUUCACCUUCAAAACACCCUGUGUCUCUGAAAUUGAC